AUGCGCGCCGCGAAUGGACGAGAGGAGCCCUGGCCGGUGCGGUAUAUCGAGAUUGGAAACGAGGAUGAUUACACCGGGGGAUGCGAGUCCUACCCCGAUCGCUUCACACAGAUCUACGAUGCAAUCAUCCGUGAGUAUCCACACAUCGCCAUCAUCGCGUCGACCAUUGACAAGACCUGCCUGCCGCUGACGCCGCCGCCGGGCAUCAUGUACGACCAUCACUACUAUCGCAAGCCGGACGAGCUGGUGGAUACGUUUAACGAGUGGGAUAACUGGCCGCGAUCUGAGCCCAUCAUUGUGGGAGAAUGGGGAUGUCGGAAUACCACCGAGGAGCGCGGAGUGUACUGGUCCUUCGUGCAAUGUAGCUGCAGCGAGGCCGUGCAUAUGAUUGGAAUGGAGCGCAACGCCGACGUGAUCAAGAUGUCGGCCUACACGCCUCUGCUGCAGCAUUUCGGCUUUACCCAGUGGUCGGUGAGUUAG